GACGAUGGCAAGCAAGGCUGCUACGGUCGUCUUACUCUUACUGGGUGCAUUGAAGCCCUCGCAGGCUGCUGGCUUUCACGAAGAUAUCAGCCUGAACCCAACAGCGACGACUCCUACGAACUUCAUCAGCUGUGCCAAUACCACGGACGACAUAGCACUGGCCGUGAAGCCAUCUUGCGGGGCGCUAGAUUCCAAGACAUUCGCCGAGGUCAAUACUGGCGUGAACACAUCCGCCAUCAAAACAAUCAUCGCAUUCGGCGAUUCCUGGACGUCGAAUGGCUCCAACGGGACGGUUCCCUUCGCCCCCGUGGUAUAUCCUCCCAAUCCAAGUGCUGGAGCGCGGCAAGGGAACAACGAGCGCGCACGAGCAUCCAAUGGUUAUGUCUGGGUGGAGGACCUAGCGAACACCAUCGGCGCAAAACUAGUCAACUAUGCCGUAGGAGGAGCGGUGAUUGAUUUGAAGGCGUAUAAUUCGACCAACAACGGGACCGUAUUCACCAGCGACAAUCUCCGACGAACCUCGUUGGUUGACGAAGUUGCCUUCUUUAACGUGCAGGGGCAGUGGGUUGCCGAUACUACUCCGGAGACGACCUUGUAUACCUUCAGCUUCGGCAUCAAUGACAUGACCCAGUUCGGCGUCGCAGGUGGCGAUUAUAGCAUAACGACAGCAUCAUAUAUCAAAGCCAUCGACGACAUCGUAACCGUCCACAAAGCGAAGAACAUUCUCGUCCAGAGCGUCAUAUCCCCGACGACCGCUUUCAACGCCGUUCAACACGCCGUCUUCGCCGCGCUUGUGGAUCAGCACUCCCAGAACGGCGUUAACUUUGCGUGGGCGGAUCUUGGCCGGCUCUUCGCCUCCAUUACCGCUUCCAACAGCUCGAUGACCGAGUUUGGGUACAAGGGAAUGACGUGUUUGUUGUCCCAGAACACGACCGUGGGUGGGUGCGACGACCCGGCGCACUACGUAUACUGGAUCCCGUCGCAUCCUUCAUACCAGACUCACGAAUUGAUCAACCAGUACACCUUGGCCGCUAUCAAUGAAUGUAUUGUUUGA